CUGGAGAAAGAGAGAAGAGGCGCGCCACAGGACGAACCCUCCCUCUCUCUCCCACACUCAUUAGUGUGCUACAUUUCGCUGUCGAUCUCCGGGCAAACAAGCUGCGCAGGACUAGCUUCGCUCAUCUGAAGAGAUUUAUAUAUCAAUCCGGGACAUUUUUUCGUCUUCUUGUUAAUCGUGGAGUUGAUCCUGUCGAUUUUAGAGGACAAUUUGACUGUGAUAUCGGCGCAGAUCAGCUUGGAAGAUGGUUCGAGUCUCCGUAAUAUCGGUCCUUAUUUUGGGCAUCGUAGUUCCAGGGUUGGCCGGCUAUAUUGAGGCGCUAGCAGCCAAUGCUGGCACAGGUUUUGCCGUCGCGGAGCCUCAGGUGGCCAUGUUCUGUGGGAAGCUCAACAUGCACGUCAACAUCCAGACAGGACGCUGGGAACCCGACCCAUCCGGGCUGAAGAGCUGUGUCGGAACCAAAGAGGGCGUGCUGCACUACUGUCAGGAGAUGUACCCUGAGCUCCAGAUCACUAACGUGGUGGAGGCCAACCAGCCAAUCAGGAUUGAGAACUGGUGCAAGAAGGAGAAGAAGCUGUGUAAAGGCCACGCCCACAUCGUGGUGCCUUACAAAUGUUUAGUGGGGGAGUUUGUGAGUGACGUGCUGCUGGUUCCUGAGAAGUGCAGGUUCUUCCACAAGGAGAGGAUGGACAUGUGUGUCAGCCACCAACAGUGGCACGGGGUGGCCAAGGAGGCCUGUUCCAAGGGGACCAUGGUCCUUCACAGCUAUGGCAUGUUACUGCCCUGUGGCAUUGAUAAGUUCCAUGGUACAGAGUAUGUAUGCUGCCCCUCCCCUGGGGAACCCUCCCUGCCCGCCAUGCCCUCCCAGGAGGAGGAAGAGGAAGAUGAAGAGGAGGACGAAGAGGUGGAGGAGACAGCACUGGACCAGGAUGAUCCUGUAGAGAAGGAGAGCGAGGCCCCAGCUGAUGAGCAGCCCACCACUCAGAAAGAGGAGGAGCCAUUGGAUGAGGAAGAUGAAGAUGAGGAAGAGUACCACUAUGUGUAUGAAGAUGAGGAGGCCGACAGAGAGGAAGAUGAGGAGGAGGAGAAGAAAGAGAGGGAUAGUGUUCCAGAGAGCCAGGAUGAAGACAAGACCCUGACAGAGGUCAAAGCGGUGUGUACCCUGGAGGCAGAGACCGGCCCCUGCCGUGCCUCCAUGGCCCGCUGGCACUUCGAUAUGACAACCAGGAAGUGCGUCCGCUUCGUGUACGGGGGCUGCGCUGGAAACCGCAACAACUUUGACUCUGAGGAUUACUGCAUGGCCGUGUGCAAACGCCUUACAGUGCCCCCCACCCCCCAGCCCACUGACGAUGUUGACGUGUACUUCGAGACGCCCGCUGAUGACAAGGAGCACACGCGCUUCCAGAAGGCCAAGGAGCAGCUGGAGAUCAGACACCGCAACCGCAUGGAGAGGGUGAGGAAGGAGUGGGAGGAGGCAGAGCGUCAGGCUAAGGAGCUUCCUAAGGCUGAGAGACAGACUCUGAUCCAGCACUUCCAGGCCACGGUAGAGUCCCUGGAAGAGGAGGCAGCCAGUGAAAAGCAACAGCUGGUUGAGACCCACCUGGCUCGGGUAGAGGCCAUGCUUAACGACCGCCGCCGCCUGGCGCUGGAGAACUACUUAGCCGCCCUGCAGGCUGACCCACCGAGGCCCCACCGUAUCCUGCAGGCUCUGAGGCGGUAUGUGCGUGCGGAGAACAAGGACCGUCAGCACACCAUCCGCCACUACCAACAUGUACUGGCUGUUGACCCUGAGAAGGCUGCCCAGAUGAAGUCCCAGGUACACACCCUGACCCCUAACCCUGAACAGGUGAUGACCCACCUACGUGUGAUCGAGGAGAGGAUGAACCAGAGUCUGUCUCUGCUCUACAAGGUUCCCUACGUCGCUGAGGAGAUCCAGGAUGAGAUUGAUGAGUUGCUUCAGGAGCAAAGGGCAGACAUGGACCAGUUCCUGUCGUCCAUCUCAGAGUCUCAGCCGGACGUUACCGUGUCAUCAGAGGAGAGUGUGGAGCUUCCUGUCUCCGAGGGGAAACCCUACCGCCCCUUCCAGGUCACCUCCCUGGGGUCGCGACCUGAACCAGAGGGCGAUCUAUCAGACUCCCCACGUGCCUUCAAGAAAGGUUCAGGGAUGUACGGCCAGGACGGGCUGAUCGGCGCCGAGGAGAGGAUCAUCAACAGCAUGCCCAAGAUCAACAACAACAUGCAGGUGGUUGAUGAGACUCUGGAUGUAAAGGAAGUGAUAUACAGUGCUGAGAGAGUCAGCGUUAUGCAUGGUGAUGAGCUGGAAUCCUACCGCCCUCUGGGCGAGGACUUCAGCUUCGGGAGCUCUGCUCUGAUUGGUCUGCUGGUGAUAGCGGUGGCCAUAGCAAUGGUGAUAGUGAUCAGCCUGGUUAUUCUGAGGAAGAGACAGUACGGAACCAUCAGCCACGGCAUCGUGGAGGUUGACCCCAUGCUGACCCCAGAGGAGCGCCACCUCAGCAAGAUGCAGAACCACGGUUACGAGAACCCCACCUACAAAUACCUAGAACAGAUGCAGAUCUAGGAUUCGCUGUGGCACCAAGCAGAGAGGAGGGGGCAACAUACUACUGACCAAUAACAAAACAUACUCCUCAAAAAAUCAUUUGCAUAAUUACAUCAGAUUACAAUACAUAUAUUGGAUUUGUUUUAAAACGGAUCCUUGACAAAAUCCUGCUAAAACUACUGCUACUAUUGUACUAUACAGCUCCCUUUGAAUCAUGUGGUUUCUUUUAAAAAGGAGAUGUACCUAUCUCUGUUUUAUAUAAUAUGUGAUUUAAUUAUUAAUUAUUACGAUUCCUCUCUGAAGAUCAAGAUGUAUUACAUUUCUUCUGAUGUUUAUUUUAAUUUGAUGUUUUUAAAAACAUGCACCAAGCAACGCAUGGAAGACUGUGACAACACAGCGAGGGGGACACUAACGUUUUCUUUCCCCGUCGUACCAGUGUCCCCAAAUACCUUCUGACGGUCUUCUCAUAAUAACAUGUUGGUGGUGUCUUUUUCAAUAGAUUGCUUGUUUAUGAAGGUUCUUUGUACCUAAUUAAAUGAUGUAGUAAAUGUAGUUUUACUAUAAAGUAUAGUAAAACUACAAAUGAGGAAAAAAGAAUGAAAACAAAAUUCAUGAAUUCAGAUACUUUCUAUUCUUUGUUAUGAUUACAAACAAAAUAUACAUAAACAGUUUAAAAUUAUAUAUAUAUAUAUAGUAGCUGUUUUUAUUCCACCAGGGAAGAUGUUGAGACUGUGGGAUGGUGGCUGGGAGGUUUUGGUGCGGGCAUGAUGCGGCCAGACAGACAGACAGACAGGAGAGUAGACAGACAGGAGAGUAGACAGACAGGAGAGUAGACAGACAGGAGAGUAGACAGACAGGAGAGUAGACAGACAGGAGAGUAGACAGACAGACAGACAGACAGACAGACAGGAGAGUAGACAGACAGAGACAGGAGAGUAGACAGACAGAGACAGGAGAGUAGACAGACAGAGACAGGAGAGUAGACAGACAGAGACAGGAGAGUAGACAGACAGAGACAGGAGAGUGCACAGACCCCCAGCUGAUAUCACACAACUCAGACCAUACUUACCCCUUAUUACCCCCUGACCCAUCUCAAUGAACUGACUAGACUUACCCCUUAUUACCCCCUGACCCAUCUCAAUGAACUGACUAGACUUAUUACCCCCUGACCUAUCUCAAUGAACUGACUAGACUUACCCCUUAUUACCCCCUGACCCAUCUCAAUGAACUGACUAGACUUACCCCUUAUUACCCCCUGACCCAUCUCAAUGAACUGACUAGACUUAUUACCCCCUGACCCAUCUCAAUGAACUGGCUAGUCUUACCCCUUAUUACCCCCUGACCCAUCUCAAUGAACUGACUAGACUUACCCCUUAUUACCCCCUGACCCAUCUCAAUGAACUGACUAGACUUACCCCUUAUUACCCCCUGACCCAUCUCAAUGAACUGACUAGACUUAUUACCCCCUGACCCAUCUCAAUGAACUGACUAGACUUAUUACCCCCUGACCCAUCUCAAUGAACUGACUAGACUUACCCCUUAAUACCCCCUGACCCAUCUCAAUUAACUGACUAGACUUACCCCUUAUUACCCCCUGACCCAUCUCAAUGAACUGACUAGACUUACCCCUUAUUACCCCCUGACCCAUCUCAAUGAACUGACUAGACUUACCCCUUAUUACCCCCUGACCCAUCUCAAUGAACUGACUAGACUUACCCCCUGACCCAUCUCAAUGAACUGACUAGACUUACCCCUUAUUACCCCCUGACCCAUCUCAAUGAACUGACUAGACUUACCCCUUAUUACCCCCUGACCCAUCUCAAUGAACUGACUAGACUUACCCCUUAUUACCCCCUGACCCAUCUCAAUGAAUAUGAUGAUCACCCUGUUCAUAGUCCACACAUUUCAUAUGUGAAUGAACUAUGGAAGAGUGACCAUAUUUUGGCUCCUGAUAUGUUCUCUGAUGGGUUGUAGUGGUCCAGAGUCCAUGUUUUGCACAAGUAGAAAUGAAUCUGAGAACCAGUUAUGGAUUUUUUAAUUCACCUGAACACCUGCUGAUCCUAAAACACAGAACAGUUUUUGGAACAGUCUUUCUCAAAUCAUUCCCAAACACACUCGCUGGGGGGCUUGUGACAGACCGAUGUGGAUGGAAAGAGAGAGAGACCGAUGUGGAUGGAAAGAGAGAGAGAGACAGACAGGCAGACAGAUGUGGAUGGAAAGAGAGAAGAGAGACAGGCAGACAGACAGAUGUGGAUGGAAAGAGAGAAGAGAGACAGGCAGACGUGGAUGGAAAGAGAGACAGGCAGACAAUGUGUGCAGGUUACUUUUAAUAACAGGGGGAGGAGGAAAGAUAAACCGGUAACUGUAGAAUCAGGAGUUGAUUCUCUCUCUCUCUCUUGUAACUGUCUCUGUAUAGUUGGCGUUGCGAUCAUGGCUUCUCUUGGGAGGGUUAUCUGUGGUGUGCAUUGUUUCUCGUAUGAAAAUGAUAUCUAUUUUAAAGUUUUUGUUUUAUAUUUUUCUCCUCCAGUGACAGUUUCUCAGUUAUGUGUCUGUCUCACUAUGCACUCUUAACGGCUAUCAUCCUGUAACUACCUGCUUGACUGUAGCGAUCACAAUAUUAGUGAUCAAACUAAUUGAUUGAUUGACACCAAUGGAAACAAACAGAUUCUGGUUACAGGGGGGAAGCACAUCAAUAAACCCACUACUUCCAUAAA